CACAAGGGCGCUCAGCUGCAGCACCCGAGAACCAGAAGCAAGGUGCUGGGCUGCUGCUGCUGCUAAUCUGCCAGCUGCCCCACCUGGCAAUAGGGCUUGGGAAAAAAAAGUCACCUAGAAAAAUCAAAGCGAGCGGCAGCGCCUGGCUAUUUUGCUGCCCGUGUAUAUGUAUGUGUUUGGCCAUGUCGUAUCCUCAGGGUUACUUGUACCAGCCCUCCGCUUCCUUGGCUCUCUACUCGUGCCCGGCUUACAGUACCAGCGUGAUUUCGGGACCCAGGACCGAUGAACUUGGGCGUUCUUCUUCGGGCUCCGCUUUUUCGCCUUAUGCCGGAUCUACCGCUUUUACUGCCCCUUCUCCGGGUUAUAACUCCCACCUCCAGUACGGCACAGACCCGGCAGCUGCAGCCGCUGCCGCAGCCUUCACUUCAUACGUGGGCUCACCCUACGACCACACACCAGGUAUGGCAGGUUCCCUGGGGUACCAUCCCUACGCGGCGCCUCUGGGCUCGUACCCCUAUGGAGAUCCAGCCUACCGAAAAAAUGCCACCCGGGAUGCCACCGCCACCCUGAAGGCCUGGCUGAACGAGCACCGCAAGAACCCCUACCCCACCAAGGGCGAGAAGAUCAUGCUGGCCAUCAUCACCAAAAUGACCCUCACCCAGGUCUCCACCUGGUUCGCCAACGCCCGCCGGCGGCUCAAGAAGGAGAAUAAAAUGACCUGGACCCCAAGGAACCGGAGCGAGGAUGAGGAAGAAGAGGAGAAUAUCGACCUCGAGAAAAACGACGAGGAUGAACCCCAGAAGCUGGAAGAAAAGGGCGACCCGGAGGCUCCCGAGACAGGAGGAGAAGAGCAGAAGGCAACCCCGGGCUGUGAGCGGCUGCAGGAGCCCCACUCCCCGGCGGGCCAGGAGGCCGAGGGCAGCUUAAGUGACUCGGAUUGUAAAGCGCCUCCAGAGGAGAGGCUGGAGGGGAGGCCGGGCCCCCCCAAAGCGGCCGGCCCUGCGGCCUUGGUGCAGUGCCCGGCCAGCCGGAUCCUGCAGCUGGCGGCAGGCGGCGAGGAGCACCAGUACCGGCCCCCUUCGGCAGCCGCCGCCGCCCCGCACCCGGGAGAGCUGCACCCCAUCGCCCCCUCCAGCAACAGCACGUCGGUGAUCCACUCGCCGCAGCAGGCUGCCCUCGCCAAACCCAAACUCUGGUCCCUGGCCGAGAUCGCCACCUCUGCGGACAAAUCGAAAGAAAGCAGCAGCGAGGUGUCUCCGGGAGCCGGGCCGACCCAGGGCCCUCCCUUGGCCGGGAGCAGCACCUCGCAUUCCCCGUCGCGGUCCCCGUCCUCCCAGUGCCCUUUUCCUAACAGCGCCGUCCUCUCCCGGCCCCUUUACUACGCGUCUCCGUUUUAUCCGGGCUACACGAACUAUAGCACCUUUGGGCACCUUCACAGCCAUGCUGGCACCAACCCGGCAGCCGGACCCCCCGGCAGCCAUUUCAAUGGAUUAAACCAGACUAUUUUAAACAGAGCAGAAACCUUGGCUAAAGAAACUAAAAUGAUCAGAAGCCAAUCCCAAGUAGAUCUUUGCAAAGACUCACCUUACGAACUGAAGAAAGGUAUGUCCAACAUUUAAUAUUGGCUUCUUCUCCGAUAACUCCCCUUGAGACUUUGGUAUUUUUUUUUAAUUUAUUUAAUGCUUUGGCAGUUAUUUUUCCACUACCAAGAGAAAAACAACACAAACAAACAAACAAAAAAAUCAAAGACACACUCCUAGUCAAAAGUUUAUAGUUCAUAGGAAAUGGCUGAGUAUAAAAGAACUCAGAAAUGUCUUAAUCAACUGAAAACAAAACAAAAAUUACACACAAAAGGAGAAAGAUUUGUAUUAAAUCUUAUUCUGUAUAUUUAAUGUAGCUUUUUGUAUUUAAAUUGAUAAUACGGUAUCUUUGAAGUAACUUAUGAAACCAAGACACCUGUACAGGCAUUAAUGUUGUUUUUUCCCGUAAUAUAAAUAUAUACAUUUGUGUCUUUUCCCGAAUUGUUUCAUAGUUUUAAAAUAUAUAUAUUAUAUAUACACAAGUUUAUUUUAACUUUUUUGCCGCCUAUUGAUUUUUGCCCUUUGGGUGUGAGCUAAAGUAUAAUAAAUUAAUAAAGGAAAUAGGUUAUACUUAUUAGAUUAAAAAAAAACAAAACCUCCAGUCGCCAUUGUUAAAUGCAAAUAUUUUAAUUAAAAGAAGAUUGUAACCGAAUCAAACGCACUUGUUUUUGCACCGAGAAAAUACAUACAUAACUGGUGACAAAAAUAACUUUUGAAAUGCUCGUUUGUUUAAAUGUGGGUUUUAAUUUAGAACAUUAAAUACCUGAAACUGAUUUUCAAAGUGAGAGAUGAUGUCUAAAUGUGCGGAUCUUUAACAAGAGCGCCUACUUGUUGUAGUAAUUUAGGCUAAUUUGAGGGGGAAAAUAGUCAAAGAAUGAAAGGAUGGCAUAGGAGAUAAAAUGAAGACGAGAUGUAUUUAUGAGUAAGAGAUUAAAUAAGGAUAUAUAUAUAAAAUACAGACUAUAAACACCAAAUCGAAGUACAGUACCAGUUUUUAACCUAAUUACUUCCAAUCAGUGUCGUGUUUUAUGCAAAGUAAUCAGCUGGUGAACUUUGCUAAUGAGUUCGAUUUUAUGCUAGAUUUAGCCCUUAUUACUAUUUCAAAGGUGCUGCAAAGUUAUUAAGAAGAGAGCCGGGGAAUACACAUUAAGAUAUACACUAGGGGAAAGAUUCCCCCUCCAACUCAUUCCCCCGCCCCCGAAUUUUGCAUUGAUAUAUUUGGUUAAUUUGAUUAAAUUAGUGCUUCAUCGCCGCUGCAUAUUGCAAGCAUUGAUAGGAUUUGUAAAUCUGUCUGUCCGGAGAUUACCAUAUAUAAAAGGAGAUAGAGGGUCGGAUUGGAAUGUUUCCCCACAUUCACAGGUAGGUGUCACACUUGUCCUGAAUUUCAAACCUACCCACUUUGAAACUGGUGCUAAAAAAGUGGGGGGCGGGAUAGAAGAGAGAGAAUCAAAACGUAAUCAAGGAGCCUUCAGAUACACAAUUCCACUACACUAUACGACUCGAAAACAAAGGAAGAUAGAUUUCAGCUUUACUAGAUACAAAUUGGGCCAGGAAAGUUUAAUGCUCUGUUUAGCAAACUGGUAACAUUUACCAGUUUAGGAAUUUUGUCAUCUCUCUUUUGUAAA